GUGCGCGUCAUCAAAUUUAGUCUCGUCCUAUAUUUUUUGUGAAAAUGAGAGAAAAUUCGCGUGAAAAUUAGUUAAAAAUUAGCCAUAAAUAACGAAAAACCAAAAUAAAUGAGGUGAAUGUUCAUAGUACGCCGGAAAACAGGACUACGAAGUGCACAAAAAUCACGCUCGUCGACCAUUUUGUUUGACGCAAAAUUCUUCAGGAAUUCCAGGUGAAAACCUGAGUUACCUGUAAAUUAUCAAAAAAAUAAAAUUAAAUUAAAUAAAAAAGGUGAAUCAUAAAAAAUAAAGAGAAAAAAUAUCAAAAACAUGUGAAAAAUAUUAUUAAAAUAUAAAAAAAAAAUAAUAAAUUAAAACAAAAAAAUGAAGUGCCUCAAAAAAUCAAAUAAACUGCCUAUUUUGCUGCUACUACUAACAAUAGCCGCUGCGUCCAGAACAAUAGUCAGUGCAAACAAUGACAGCAAAAAUGUAAAUCAAAAGAGUGAAAGUGGCAAUAAAUCCGCGAAUUCGCGAACCGUUCGACAGUCGAGCGUCAACGAUGCCUAUUUCGACGGUGGUCCCGUGACGCAAGAACUGCAGCACAGCAAUUUCUACAAUUACGACAUCAAUUAUCGCGAACAACAGCAACAACAACCCGAACUGCGGCAUCGCAUCGACAAUCACAAGCCCGCCUUCCGCGACUGCAAGUCAUACAAUCCGGUGGUGAAAGAGGAAUUGCCUGCCGGCGCGUAUGUCAUUCAAGUGCGUGCCGACGACAUUGACGAAAACGACGAAAUCGAGUACAAAUUCGUGUUGGCGCCCGCCGAAAGACCGCGUUUCCGUCUCGACUCCAAAACGGGCGUCAUCACGACGCAGCACAUCUUCGAUCGCGACGAACCGAUUCGCGAAAAGGAAAUUUACAUCACGGUCCGUGCCACAGACAACGGCUAUCCGAAGCUCGAUGACGUGUGCACGUUCAAGGUGACAAUCGAGGAUGUCAACGACAAUCCGCCGGUCUUCGACAAGGUCAAGUACGACGAACGCAUGAGCGAAGACACGAAAGUCAAUCAAAUUGUGACGCGUAUUACGGCCUCCGACUUGGAUGACGGCGACAACGGGUACAUGGAAUACGACAUCAUCAAGGAGAAGGACUACGAAUAUUUCCGCAUUGACAAGGAAACGGGAAAUUUGUUCCUUACGCGGCCCAUUGAUCGUCGCCCCGAAGAUUCUUACACGAUUACGGUGCGUGCCAGCAACGUCAAGAGCAUGGAACAGGAGCAAGAGACCCAAACCGAGGUCAAAAUUCGUGUUGUGGGCUCGAGUUUGCGUGCGCCGCAAAUUAUUCACACGUCGGGCGACACAAUUACGCUCAAAGAAAAUUUUGGCGAAUACCAAAAGAAACUUUUCUCACUUUCCGCCAUCUCGAAUGUCGAUGGAAAGCCCGAUGUUGUCUUCGAACUCCUGAAUGGUCGCACCGAACAAACCAACAGCAAGAAAACUUUCGUUGGGGACCAGCAAAAGAACGAUUUUAGCAUCAUGCUGGGCAAUCCGCUCGACUACGAAACGACCACAGACUACACCCUCACUGUCGUCGUUCGAAACGUUCAUUUGCUGUCGGCCGAAUACACGAUUCGCGUAAUUGUCGAAGACGUUAACGACAACAUUCCCUUCUUUACGGAAGUCAAUACGGGUACUGUGCUGGAAAAUGAGCCUGUUGGGACGCAAGUUAUGCAAGUCCGGGCUUUUGAUAUGGAUGGCACGUCAGCGAAUAAUAUUGUGUCGUUUGAACUCGUGGACAACAAGGAAUUCUUCGAAAUUGACGAGCAUACGGGAAAUAUUACGACGCUUAAGGAAUUCGAUCGGGAGGAACGGGAUACGUACAAUGUGAAGGUGCUGGCGAAAGAUAACUCGCCAUCGGCUUUGUAUAAAACGGGAAAACCGAAUCAGGGACAGCAAGUUUUCGCCAUUACGAUUGGGGAUAAAAAUGAUCAUAGUCCCAAAUUUAAACAUGAUGAAUAUAUUGCGAAUACGGUAUCUGAAGAUGCUAAUAAGCACACGACCGUUAUCGAAGUCAAAGCAAUCGACAUCGAUGUUGCGUCACAAAUUACAUACACAAUUACCACGGGGAAUAUCGACAAUGCCUUCAACAUCGACAACUCGGGAACGAUUCGUGUGAACAAGCAGCUGGAUUACGAAAAAAUCACCAACUACACGUUGCGAAUUCGUGCCUUUGACGGCAUCUACGACGACUUUGCCACAGUAACGAUCAAAAUUGCCAACGUUAACGACAAUGCACCGGAAUUCAGUCAGCAAACGUACAAUGCCGAAGCUGAAGAGGAAAGUAUCAAGCCUGGUUGCAUUGCCGUCAUGCAGGCCUACGAUCCCGAUAUCAAAGAUCGCAAUGCGCCGCAACACAUUAAAUAUUCCAUCACAAAGUUGGAGCAGCAGCAGUUGCUCGACAUCGAUAGUCGCGGUUGUUUGUCGAUGAAAGCGCCAUUGGAUCGCGAUCCGCCGCACGGCUUCAAAAAAUGGCAAAUUCUCGUCGAAGCCAUUGACGAAGACGGCAAUGGGUUACGAUCGUUGGCGGAAGUGAUCAUUACGCUGACGGAUAUUAACGACAACGCGCCGUUUUUGUCGAACAAAAUGCCCGUGGUGUGGUACGAGAAUCGCGAUCCCGGCAAAAUUGUCGAUUUAACGGCGGAAGAUUAUGACGAACCACGCAACGGCGCUCCUUUUCACUUCCAACUCGACCAACAUGCCGACGAGAAUAUCUUGAGUUCCUUCAAAAUCACCGGAAAUGAACUUCAUGCCACACGAAUGUUUGAUCGCGAAGAGCAAAAAGAGUAUUUUAUCCCGAUUUUAAUUGGCGACAACGGCAUGCCGCCACAACGUAACGUCUCCGUGUUCCAUUUGAUCAUCGGCGACGAGAACGACAAUGCCAUGCAAGAGGGUUCCAGCAAGAUUUUCGUCUAUAAUUUCAAGGGAGAGGCACCUGACACCGCCAUCGGGCGCAUUUAUGUCAACGAUCCCGACGACUGGGACUUGCCCGAUAAAUCUUUCAGUUGGCGCGAUGGUCGCGCUCAUGAUAAUUUCGAGUUAAAUACCGAUGACGGAACAAUAACGAUGCGUUAUGGCACGCGAGGCGGCGUUUAUGUCCUAGAUUUUGUCGCGUACGAGCAAUCCAAGAUAAUUCCGCCGCACCAAGUCGAUGCAACAGUCGAAGUAACAGUUCGGGAAAUCCCCGAAGAAGCUGUUCGCAAGAGCGGAUCGAUUCGUUUCCAAGGUAUGACGGCGGAGGAAUUCAUUAUGCCGCGUUUUGACAUGGGUCCUAGUCCAAAAGAGCGUUUAACGAAGACUUUGGCUGAAAUGUUCAACAUUAGCACAGAUAAUGUGGAUGUUUUUACGGUAUAUCAACCGGAAGCGAAGAACCCUAAAGUAAUAGACGUUCGUUUUUCGGCCCAUGGAAGCCCCUAUUACGAGGCUGAGAAGCUAAAUGGCAUGGUAGCACAACGCCAAGGCCAGUUAGAGGGAGAAUUGAACAUGAAAAUGCGCAUGGUGAAGAUCGACGAGUGUUUAAUUGAGAGAAAUGCCUGUCAAGGAGGGUCAUCUUGCACUAAUAUCUUGAAUUAUUCCGAACGAACGCUCGCUGUUUACACAAAUACGACAUCUUUCGUGGGUGUCGAAGCCUAUGAUCAAGCAAUUUGCGAGUGUCGGGUCGAACAAAUGGAAACGUCAUGCUUGAAUGGCGGAACUCCCUUCAAUAAUGGCUGCGAAUGCCCCGAUGGCUUUGAGGGCCCACACUGCGAACUCAUCUCGAUCGGCUUUUAUGGCAACGGAUAUGCCAUGUACCCCCCAAUUUCGGCCUGCAAUCUCACUGUCAUCAAUUUGGAAGUGUCUCCGGUGCGAAAAGAUGGCUUAGUGAUGUACAUCGGUCCAUUGAGCUACAACUCAAUAUUACCGGUACAAGAUUUCUUGGCUCUCGAACUCAAAGAUUACUUCCCGGUGUUGAUUGUGGACUACGGAACAGGCGCUGUACGCAUCGUACAUAACCAUAUUCAACUGAAACCCGGCAAACAUUACCAAGUUGAGAUCAAGUUGCAACGCACAGGUAUCGAAAUGAUCGUAGACAACUGUAAAUUAUCGACUUGCAUGAGUUUAGGAGCUCCCUUGGGACCAAAUGAGUUCCUUAAUGUCAAUGCCCCGCUCCAACUUGGCGGUUCUGCUGGAAAUAUGGAGUUACUUGGGCGUGCCUAUAAUUGGAGUCAUUAUCCGCAGAACACGGGAUUUACGGGUUGCAUCCGAAAUUUGACCGUUAACGAUAAAACUUAUAAUCUCGGGCAGCCAGCUUACGCGAAAAAUAUCGAUCCGGGAUGCACGCGUUCCAUGGCAGUCGCUUCCACGUUCGGUGUCGACCGAAAUUUCCUCAUUGCCAUUCUCGUGUGCAUCGCGUUGCUCAUUAUCCUGCUACUCGCGGUCGUUGUGCACAAACGCCAUAACGACGGUUGGAUGGACAGCAAGGAUAUCGACGAUAUUCGCGAAACGAUCAUAAAUUACGAAGAUGAGGGCGGCGGCGAACGUGAUACGGAUUACGACUUGAAUGUCCUUCGGGGUCCUCCGAUUUACGAAGACAAGCCAUAUAUGCAAGAUUAUCUGCAAAAGGAGGCACACGAAGUGCCCGAUAUCGGGGCAUUCCUCACCGACAAGAAAGAUGCCUGUGAUAAGGACCAAGACGCCUAUCCGAAUGACGAUGUGCGGUAUUACGCGUACGAAGGUGAUGGAAACAGCACGGGAUCGUUAUCAAGUCUCGCUUCGUGCACGGACGAGGGUGAUCUCAGUUUCAAUUAUUUGAGCAACUUUGGACCGCGUUUCCGCAAACUCGCCGAUAUGUAUGGCGAGGAACCGAGCGACGAGGAAUCCAAUGUCGACGACGACGGAUGGAGAAUCUAAAAACAAAAAAAAAGUGACGAUUUUCUCACCAAAGACUCCGCUUUUGUUUGGACUCCACUAAGUAAUCACGACACCACUCAAGGAACAACAAAAUAAAAAAAUACCGAAAAAAUAAAUCAGCAACACUCCAUCCAAGUAUUAAUAACAAAACACGACACGAAUCAUUCAUUCAUUCACUCAUCGGUGAGUCACCCAAAUAAAUAAUAAAUUUAAUUUUACAAACACGCCAAUCGACGACGAAAAGUAUAUCAAGUUGAAUCUUGACUCACAAAAAGAAAAAAAAAACAUGAAAUUGUGUUUAAAAAUUUAUUAUCUGCCUAUAAGUAGAAUUUAUAUAAAUAUGAAGAAUCAUAAAAAAAAGUUAGUUUAUAAGUUCAAUGAAAUAUAUAAGUAAAAAUUUAUUUAAAAGUAAACAAAAAAAAAAGAACAAACGUGAUCCUAGUUUUUAAGGAUACUAUUAAAAUAAAAAAUAAAAAUGUAUUUUAUAAUUUAAACAAAAAAAAAAUACUAAGAACGAUUUUAAUGCAUUUUUAAUAAAUAUUUAACUAGAACUAAAAACAAACUCUGAACAAAUGAAAAAAAAAAUAAUCUGACCGACAUUCCACAGAAAGUCAGUGACUUUUAUUAAUAAAUAUAAAUUGUAAUAACGCAUUUUUUACAGAAUUUAAUAAGAAAUAAUAUGAAAAAAAAAUGAAAUUGAUUAUAAAAAGUAAACGCAGGCAGCGAUAAGACUUCAAAGUGUUAGAAAACCGAUUAAUAAAAAAAAUAUUAAAAUGAUAAGGGAACAAGCUGCCUUUUUUUCUACUACAAAAAUGAAACAAAUACACUGAAAAUCAUUGCCUUGAACCCCGUUGCAACUUCCAGAGCUUAUUAAAAAAAUAAUAAAAAUUUUAAAAAAUAUUUUAAAUAGAAAAUUCAGCUCAAAAAACCAAAAAACGCAUUUAAAAAAAGUCACAAAGUUCAGCAAUCAACCACCAAUCAAUUUUAUUUUUUUUUAGAAUAACAUAAAUUUAGUUCCCAAUCACAUACCAAUCA